AUGACUUCGAUUAUCUUUGCUGUGGUUGUGCUCUUUGCAGUUGGGUCGGCGUAUCCAAUGGAGAAGCGACAGGCCAACGGACCGUGGAGUUUGUAUGCAUACGGCAAAGACAUCGACGGGCUGCCUGUCUUCUAUGCAGAUGGUCAAGCCCAUAUCGGCGAUCUGCCACUGUUAAACGCAACCAACAAGUUCGCAGUUUCUUGUAGCCUUUGA